AUGGGAGAUGCUAAUCAAUUGAAUGAAGAACAGAAGCUGCGGCCAAACAACUCAAGUUAUGAUCUGGGGGAGAACGAUGGAAAUCAUGAGAACGAUUUGUCUAGUAAAACUGCGUUAGCGUCAAAGACCGCAACAAAAGAAGAAGAUGAAGAAGUAGAAGAAGUGGGACAGGAAAAAGAGAAUGAGAAAAGUAAUUCAAUCAAUAUCAGUGACUCAACAUCCAAUGUCAAGCAAUCGAUUGAUUCUAAAGAGGUUUUGGGUGGUACAAAAUCUGUAAAUGCUGUUGGUUCCAAUUCCUUUAUGGAACAUAAUCCCAACUUAAUAGAAGAAGGCGACACGCUGAUGCAAGAGGAGCCAAAUACUUCAGUUUUACUUCCACUCCCGCCUGACAAGACUACAUAUAAUACUCCGUCUAAGGUGCUCCCACCAUUGAAGGACCAAGAUAUCAUUACAACACCUAAAUCCUUUCACGUAGCGAGAGAUGUUAUUGCUGGUGAAGAUGAUUCGCAAAAUUUUGGUGCAGUCAGUUCUCCAGUAUCACUUGUAAACAAAGGAGUUGAAAGUCGAAAUAACAGGAAAUCUUUGAUUUACAAAGAGGAGAUAUCGAAAAUUAUAAACUCUGCAAUUUCGCGUAUUAUUCCAAUUGAAAGAGCAACAACAACGACAUCAUCAUCAUCAUCAUCAUCAUCAUCAUCAUCUUCAUCGUCUACACAAGAAGUGGUUGACUCUAUAGCUGAGACCUUGACGAAUUUGAUCAAUUCAGGCAGUCAAAAUCAGCAGUAUUUGGAACUGGACUCAUCCUCGACUAUCAAGAUCGAGCUUGAAGAAGUCAAAUCCAAGUUCAGUGCUGCCGAUAAUGAUAACAUCAGAUUGAAAGAGGAGAAUGAUAUGUUGGAGAGCAAAUUGCAGAGUUCUCAACAACAAAGUAAAGAACUCCAGCAUGUGAUUGAAGAUUUGCAAGACAAAAUACGACAUCUGGCAAAAUCUUUUGCGGAACUAAAUCGCAAAUUUGCCGAGCUGAAGGACACCUGUAGUCAACAAGAAUCGCAUUAUUUAUCAAAGCUUGAACAGCUUACUUCUUCGAAUGUUGAACAAAAUCGGAAACUUGCAUCUCUUGUUGAAGAGUUGAAUACUCGCGAGAAGGAAAAUUUUGCAAACAAAUUGGAAUUGACAAAAGCGAAAAGUGAAUUAUCGUUUCUCCGAAAUGAAUCUAAAUGGUUACAUGAAGAGCUUCAAUCAAGCCAGCAAAAGUAUUCAGAGGCACUCAAACAAAGCGGCCAAACACAAUCUUCAACUGAUUCAGCAAUGUUAAAUACGCAAUCCAAGUUGAAAAAUGCCGAGCAACUAAUUAAAUCACACGAAACUGAACUUUUACAACUCAAUUCCUCAUUGGCAGCUGAAACUAAGAAAAACACAGACCUUGAAGUCAGACUAAAGAAAAUUGAGACUCAAUCGCUAUUGGAUAUAAACGCAAAGCAAGAGUUGAUUGAUUUGAUGAAAAUACAAUCAAGACAACGAGAGUCGAGGAUAAAGGAACUUGAGGAGUAUGUAAAUCAAAUACUGAAGAAUUCAGAUGAGGCGUUUAAACAUUUGGAGUUAUCAGUUUCCGAAAAAGAUGAUGAAAUUGCUGUUUUGCAAGAAAAGCUUCAAAGAGUAGAGGAAGCUCUUGCCGCGGAUAUGGCCCAAACUCUAUCUGGAGAAAAUAGCGAACAAACUUUUGCAAGUGGCUAUGGUUCUAGUUCUGAAUUUGAUUCUGGUUCCGGUCCUGGUCAGAUAUCUUUACUUUACUCUGAAUUUAUACACGUCAAAAAAGAGCUCACAUUGGAAAGAAUGCAAAAAGAAAAAUUAGAAGGAGAGUUGGAAGAGUUUGUGUUUGAAAUGGACUCGUUAAAGAGGGCGCUUGGAGAUUUCAAUGCUCAAAAACAGUAUUACGAAUCAGUCAGGCUGGAUUUGCAGGACCAGAUUACGAUUUUGCAAAAUGAGAAAUUGGAGUUGGAAAAAUCUCAGCGACACUUUAGAGCUGUACAAAAGGAUAAUGAUUUGGAAGUACAAAGAUUGAAACAGACACUCAAAGAUUUGGGUCGUCAACUUUGUUUCAGUUUGAUUCACACUAAAAUUCGUGAUAACCAUGAGGAGCCACUUUCUUUGGCUGAAAAAACAUUUAUUGAAAAUGUUAUUGAUCGUACUGGAAACGAUGAAGAAUUUGCCGAGUCAGAUACAAGCAAAUUGAUUUCUGAAAGAUUAUUGGAAUUCAAGGACCUCAUAGAGCUUAGACAAAGAAAUGAAGAAUUGUUAAGUGCAGUUAGAGAAUUAUCAACGAGAUUGGAAAGUGGUGAAGCGGCUCAAAACUCUGCAGAAAUUGCAGCCAUCGACGAAGCUCAAGAAACCAUCUUGAUGCUUCAAAAUGAGUUGGAAAGUACAUGUAACAAGAUGUCUUUGUUGGUCAAGGAGCGCGAUGCUUUGGAAAAAAUUGUUAGAGAAAGAGGUAGUGGUGAUGCUGGAAAUGACAAAAGUAAUGGAUUGAGUAUAGCUAAUUUUGGUCAUAAUGAAGUAGAAAAUGAAGAAAAAGAAAAAAUAAGGAUAAAGAUGGAAAAACAACUAGAACAAAAACAAAAACAAAUAGGAGAAGAAAAGGACGAAAAAGAAAGAGAAGAAGUUGAUAAAGAAUUAAGUCAAGUUAUUCUACAGUUACGCGAAGUUAAGGAUGCUAGAGACAAAUUGAAAGUUGAAUUAGCUGCACAGGUGCGAGCAGUAGAGCAAGCAGAGUUUAAAGUGCAAUCUUUGCAAAGAACAAAUGACCGAUUGCUGUCUGAUAUAGAACAUGCCAACCAGCAAGUAAAUUUUUGGAACAAACAGUUUGAAAAAUUGGAGGGACAAUUAAAUGAAAAAGCUUUGUUGAUGCUGGGUUUGGAAGCAAAAUUAAAUGAAAAAGAAACAACUGUAAAAUCACUUUGUUUAGAGAAGGACUUUGCUUUAUCGAUGCAGAAAUCACUUGAAUCGACUAUUGUUGAAUUGAGACAAGACAAAAAGAUUAUGAAUGAACAAUUUGCAGUGUUGCAACUGACAGCGGAAACCAAGAAUUCUGAAUUAGCGAAAUUGGCUCAAAAAUUGGACGACCUGGAGAGUGAGCGUCUUGCUAUACAACGUAAAUUGAAUGAGCGUGAAAGCAAGAUUCUGAUCUUGACUGACCAAAGAGAUAUGUCGAUGAAGUCGCAACAAGUGAAAUUAGAGCAGAUAAAUGAUUUGAGUUCGCAGUUGUUGCAUGCAAGGAAGGAAUUGUCACAGAUGCAAGCAAUAGUUCUGGAAUUGCUGCCUGAUUCAGCUUCACAAAGCGUCGCUAGACAACAGAUGGAGGAUGAGUUGAAAGAAUAUGGUGACAGAAUAUCAGAGUUGACGAAUCAGUUGAAAGAUAAAAAUGAAACUAUACUUGAAGCUACGACAAAAUUUGAAAAAGAGUUGAGUUCUAUGUCGGAGAAACUCAAAAGUAAAGAAACUGAAAAAGUUGCUGCAGAUGGGGAAAUUACCCGAUUGAAUGGAGUUAUCUCUUCCAAGAUUCAAGAGAUGGAAAAUAUGAAGAAGCAAUACACAACGGAGCUCGACGAGACGGUUGCAAAAUUAAAGGCUGCAGAGUCCAAAACAAAAUCUAGUCAAAGUGUUGAAGAUGAAUUGAAGAAAACAAUUGAGGAUUUGCAAGACCAAAGGGAUAUCUCCAAGGGUUUGGAGCAAAAGAUUCGUGAAUAUCAUACUCAAGUUUCAACUUUGGUGCAACAGAUUAAUGCGUACAAGUCAGACUCUGACUCAAAUCAAGAAUUAAUACAAUCGUUACAAGAUCAGUUAGAGCAAGUACGUGCAACACGAAAGGAUGAGGAAAAUCAAAUUUUGUCUCAGAAGCUCGAAUUGCAAACAGAAAAUGCGGAAUUAUUGAAGAAGAUAGAAGAGCUUCAAGGUCAAAACACAUUAUUACUUAACCAAUUAGAGUUAUCAAGUAGUUCCAACCAAGAAACAAAUCCAUCUGGAGAAAAAUCUCAAGACAUUGCGCAAAUCAUAAGCUUUUUGCGUCGUGAAAAGGAAAGCAGUGACGAGAAGUUACCUAAAUUGGAAGAGGAAAAUGUUGCUUUGAAAAUCAAGUUGGAGAACUUGCAAAACAAAGUAAAUAACUUUAAUGCUGGUGCUCCCUCUGCUUCUAUAAAUCUUACCGUUAAUAACGAACAACAAAAACAAAUUCAAAUGCAGUUGGAUCAAUUGAAGCUGUUCAAGGAAAGUAAUAGUGUUUUGGUGAAUGAAAAUUUGAAAAAGAAUCAAGAGUUAGUUAAUUUGAAUAGUGAAGUGACAAAGAUUAAGUCUGAGUUGGAAAAAAUUACGCAACUAUACAACAACCAAUUAUCACAUCUUAGUGUUGAGCAACAAAGAGUUAAAUUAUUCAGUGAUGAGAAUGUACGUCUUAAACAGAUUCUUUCUGCUAAUUCUCGAACUUCCGAGCAAACCAAAUCUCCAGCACCAGAGAUUGCCAAAAUGCAGGAGCAAAUGGAUAAAUUAAAGACAAAGGCCAAUGAUAGGAUAGCGGUAUUGAGAAGAGAGUUGGAUGGUAAGGAUGGAAUUGUUAAGGCAAAGGAGGCAGAAAUUGAAAAGAUUAAACAAGAAUUGCAAGCAGCAAAUGCUAAAGAACAAAAUAAGAGUGUUAAUGGCGACUCUAAAGAUGUAGAGAAAAAGCUUGCCGAUGUGAAUAGAGAGCUUAAAACAGUUAAGGAGGAAAGUGCAAAAUUGGUUGGCGAAAAGAAUGAGUUGGUGAAGCAGUUGGCAACUUUGAAAGCUCAAAAUAUGAAGUCUGGCUCCACGGCAGGUAAAUCAGUCACUACUCCGACUGCUGCUGCCGUUGUUGGUGGUGCUACUACUGCUGCUGGUGCUACUGCUGCUGGUGCUACUGCUGCUGGUGCUACUGCUGCUGGUGCUACUGCUGCUGCUGUUAAAAAUGGUGAAGUACCUAAAUUGGAAGCUCAAAUUCGAGAACUUAAACAAUCUUUGGAAAAAAUGCAACAAGAAUCUCAAAAGAAAUUGGAUGAGGAGAAGAGCAAAACUAGAUUGGAAGUGGAAAAGAAGUUUGAGUUUAAAUUAAGACUUCUUACCAGAAAAGUUGAAAAGUACGAAAAAGAACUAUUACCAAAUAAGAAUAAUACUGUUGCAAGCGCUCCUCCCGUUGCCAAUGAUGCGUUGCUUAGUAAGGAUAAAGACAAACCUACUACUUCAGUUGCCGCCACUGGAGGACAAUCAAAUAAGAUUAUGCAUAAUAAUCCUAAACAAACAACCGGCUUUACUUUCAAUUCAGUAUCACAAAAUAUCCCAUCGAAACCUCUUCAACAACAACCUCCACAAAAUAUCCCAUCAAAACCACUUCAACCUCAACAACAACAACAACAACAACAACAACAACAACAACAACAACAACAACAACAACAACAACAACCUCAACAACAACAACCUCAACAACAACAACCUCAACAACAACAACAACAACAACAACAACAACAAAAACAUUCUACAGCAUCAAUCACAUCUGCAAGCCCAGCGAAUGUGCCGCAUCCAAAUAAAGGUACUUCUACUCAAUCGUCUUUAGGCUCAGCACAAGUUAGUGGUACAUUAGCACCUACUGUAACACAAGCUUCACCAUCCUCCAUGGUUGGUGGACAAUUUUCAAACUCGAUUCCAGCUAAUGAUAAGUCGAAUGCGGAAACUAGUUCUGCGACAUUAAAUCUGCCUGUUUUCGGAUCAUUGCAAGCAAAACCUGCAAUAAAUAAUCAAGCAAACUCUUUGCUUAAUGUUACUACAAGGCCAUUUGGCCAGUCUGUUCAAUCAACUCAGCCAACUCAGCCUAUACAAAUGCCAAAUACUGUUUCUACAUCUACAUUACCAAAAAAUGCAAAGCCACAAGUUAAGACCUUGAAUAUUGCCCCAUCUGGUAGUCCAGAUAAGGCAGCAAUCCCAGCAGUAACGAGACCAAAAGUUGCCACCAUACCAUCUAGACAAGACAAGGAGACGCAAGGAGCGACGAAGCGCACAUCUGACUAUGAAAGACCUAAAGUCAAGAAAACAAAGAAGGAGUAA